UGUUACUGGUUGAAUCAGUGGGAGUGCAUAUUAUUAAUCAAAAGACUAUUCUUGGUGCACUCGAAGAAUAUUUACCUUGGAAUACUAUAAGCGAUGUUUUCAUAAAUGAAGUUAUAUCAGAGCAAAAGGUUUUAUAUUACUUGACAUUUGUUAUUAAGGAGAUCACUAAUAAUGGUGAGGAACGCACAAGGCUGAUUCCUUUAUUUCGCGAUUUGAAGCCUGAAAGAAAAUGCCUGGAAUACAUGUACGUACGCUUGGCAGACUCCAUUGGCAAGAUCGAGACAAAGAGCCAAAAUUAACUAUUCCUGGUUCUUAUUGGUUAUGUCAUAAAAAUAAUAUUUAUAAAUUUACGUUCAAGUUCCAUAAAACAAUAAGAAAUUCUACUGAUUUUUCAUAUUGUAAAGAAUUGAUGAAAAUCAUCAGAAGGGUUAUAAAGUGGCAGCCACGACAAGGUCAACAUUUUGGUACAAAAAAUCUUCUUGUCACUUACAAUCAUGCAUCGUGGACGCGACAGGAUAAAAUGUUCGCGAUAAUGAAGUUCUGCGACAGGCCGGACGCUAUCGCAUUUCCCCACGCAUUUAUCUUAACAGUAAAAAUCUUUAAUCAAGAACAAAGACAACGGACCGAACAAAUGAUGGGUACGUCGUCGACGAAACCGCACUGUGAAAGUCCAGAAGUGUCCGACUUCGAUGGGCCACGAUCUCCUCGUUCGAGACCCUUGAGCUCCUUCGACGAUAAGACAGUUGAUGCGAUUUCGAGUGUCCACCAACAAGUGGACAAUAGUAGCGACAAGGAUAUAUCCUGGUCCCAACGUACUCGAUCAAAACAGCGAGACUUGGAUGAUAAAAUCAGCAAAUCUUCAGCAAAUUUAACAAUAAGAAACGCCACUAUGUCGGAGGGGAUUCCGAAUACAACAAACGGCAAAAGCACCGGAAUCAGCAAAGCCGACAGCAGUAGCAGUAGCAGUAGCAGUAGCAGUAGCAGUAGUAGAAGCAGUAGUAGCAGUAGCAGUAGCAGUAGUAGUAAUAACGGCAGCGCUAGCAAUAAUACUAAUAGUAAUAGUAACAACAUUAGCGAUGCGAGAGACGUGAAUUGCGAAUGGCAGAAUGAAGCUGCAGAACUGUCUGGAUGUGCCCUGGACAGUAAUACUGCUGAUGAGGAUAACGACGAGGACAGCAACUCCAGUAGUGAGACACAUUCGGAUUCGGCAAGUAUGCCGUAUCAGUACCUCAUUGAGAGGGACAUUGAGAGGGAGCUUGAAAAUUCUCGGAUUGUGAAAACGUCGCCGAACGAGGACUCGAUAUCUAGUGUUAAAGAUUUAGAGCACGCAGUGAGCAACGACGGCGACAAUGACUCUAAAUCUUCAAGGGACUCUCGAAAAAGUGUGAAAUUCAGGUCAAGACAGGAGUCACGGGAUAAUGAGUCGAUGCCACCACCGGAUCUCGCAAAUUUACGGUCUUCCGAUAUAACCGACCUCGUGAUGAAGGGACUCAUGUUCACGAUCAGGCAGGAUAAGGACACCGUCACGGUAGUUGAGCAGAAAACGAAGCUUGAGCUCGAUGAAGUGCUCGAGAACUCGGAGAAGGUCGAGACAAAGGAAGGCGAUCCCUGUCUUCUUAAUUCGAGUUUACUUAGGCUUGAAAAAAUGAUAACGCGAAUGCAGGAGCCUGUAGCGUUCUCCCAGCAAAGGAGUAAUGGCAUCUGUGAAAACGCUCUCGUCUCCUUCAUGGAUCUGUCAAGCGACAUCAAUUCCGAGGAUAAGGAGAAACAUAACGAAGUGGAAACGAGCGAGACGGAAGAAAUAUGUCAGAGUACCGGGGUUCUUGAGACGACCACCUGCUGGUCGCAUUUAUUUGAAGAUAGAGAUAUAACAGACUCAAAUCUUGCUAAUAUUGAGAAGGCCUUUGAUGACUCAAGUAUGUACAUGAACGAUGACAAUCAGGAUGACGAUAUGGAGUUGAGGAUGGAAGAAGAGGAAGAUAUCAUACCGGAGGCACUGGUGCAUGACACAUUCUUUGGCAGUAAUUUCGAAACUAUGAAUAAAACGCCAUCAACUAACAGUUUGCAAGAUCUGCUAAUGGAUGACAUUGAGAUGGGGGAUGAAAAAAUUAUUAACGAGCCGCACUUUACAAAAAUAACAACAUCGAGUACAUCCAAUUCUUGUAUCGUGACGAAUGGAACUAGUUAUGUUAAGGAUUCUCAAAAGCUUCCAAAAGUAAUAUCUAAUGAGAUUAUUACAAAUGAUCAAAUACCACCCGCGCUAUUGAAGGCUUUAAAAAGUAAAUCCUCAAUAGAGCAGCAACCUCAUAGAAGUGAAAAUCAUAUAUGUAAAAAGAAUGAUGACACUUUGCAGAGUAAUAGUAGUAUUAGUCUUGAAAGUAUUGAUGAUAAGAAGACUAAAACUAGUUUUAAGGACACUCCUGAAAAUACUAUUAUAGAUAAUAAAAUUGAUGAGAUUCAAGAUAGCAGUGUAAAGAAUUGUGUUCAAGAUGAAUUAGAGAGGUAUGGCGAAUGUAUUGAAAAUAAACUUGUAUUUAAUUCUGUAAGUAACGAUGCAAUAAAUUCAAAGUCUUUGUUUACAUCUGAAAAUACAAGUGAUGACAGUUCUCAUAAAAGUACUAACGUAAGAAGUAGUGAUAUUUCUAAUUCUAGUUCAGUGGAUAAUAUUCGACUAACUCGUUCAAAUGCAAAAUUAUAUGCUAAAUCUAAUGAAAAUUUGUCCACGUCAAACGAGAUUUCAUCAAAACAUGAAUAUUAUAUGGAAACACGGGCUCGAAAACUAUUAGAAAAAACUUUUAAAAAGCAAUUAAAUCAAGAUACUGUACGUAAGACUGUAGUGCGUCAAAAACGAAGAAAAAAUGUAAACGAAGAUAGUGUUUUGAAAUAUUCUAAAUCUAUUAAUCUUGAUGGAUCAGAGGGAGAAAGAGUAAAAGUAAAAAUAUGGAAAUUAAUAAGUGAUCUAACAUACGGUGUUAAAGUAGUUGUUGAACGAUUAGACUUCUCUAAUAUUCCUAGAUAAUAGGUUGUGCAUACAAAAUGAUUUUCAAAUGAACAAUUUUUAGAAAUAUACGUGGAUUUUAUUAAAACUAAUGUAGAUAUAUUAAUAAACUUACAAAGACAUUGGCAAUAAACCAAUGCUGACUCUAAAAUUUUUUAUAAAUUUUAUUAAAUACAAAAAAUUGUUUUUAAUUUAUAUUUAUCUAGACUUGUAAGAAUGACGAGAAAUGUACACAAUAUAAUUUUUAAUUUUGAUUUCAUUUGUUGGCAACAUUUGUAAUUAUAAUUUACAA